AUGGCAAAACCUUUAGAUCACAUCAAGAGACCUAUGAACGCCUUCAUGGUUUGGUCCAGAGGUCAGAGGAGGAAGAUGGCCCGGGAAAACCCAAAGAUGCACAACUCUGAAAUCAGCAAGAGACUCGGAGCGGAGUGGAAAAUGCUCUCUGACUCUGAGAAGCGUCCCUACAUCGACGAGGCCAAGAGACUGCGGGCUCAGCACAUGAAGGAGCACCCGGAUUACAAGUACAGACCCCGGCGCAAACCUAAGAGUCUCCUGAAGAGGGACCGGUUCGUUUUUCCGCUGCCGUCUUUACUCGGGGACGCAGCGGAACACUUGAAAGGAUUUUCCAUCGACUCUUUUCUCGUCCCCGGGGAUAAAGCCAGAGCUCUCCUGGCUCCCGCCUCUGCUGCUUCCUCAUUCUCUCUCCUGGAGCCGGUGGCACAUUUCAGCACCGGAGCUGUCCAGCGGAUGGCGGAGAUACCGCACUCUCUGACCGCAGGCGCCGUGCCCUACAGCGCGCACACCUUUGGAUACCAGACUGGAGGGUUUGGGGGUCUGCCCUGCCCCGCACAGCACACCCACACUCACCCAUCGCCUUCGGGCCCGGGAUACAUGAUGCCGUGUAACUGUGGCGCCUGGUCUGCAGCUAGUUUACAACCCCAGGUGGCAUAUAUCCUCUUUCCUGGAGGGAUGACCAAGAGCGGCAUGGACUCGUACGCUUCACCCAGCUCCAGUGUGUGA